GUAAAAUCCCUAAAUUCAAUUUCGAAGUUUUAGCCUCUCUCUGUUACUGGGCGGGACCGUUGUCGGACAUUUCUGUCUCUCUUCCCCAAAUUUUCUCUUCAAUCCAAGGAAAUUUAACUGGCGAGAUCUUCCUGUACCUGAAUUUCGCAGCAAUAUCUCUGUUUGGGCGCUUUAGAAGAUUUUGUUUGUUCUUGUGGUCGCAAGCGAAGAAACUUGGUGUUUAUUUUUGUUUUGUGAAAGAAUCUGUCUAUUGGAUCUGGAUUUCGAUUAGUCAGUAUUCUGAGCUGAAUUAAAUGGAGGAUGAGAAAAAGAAGAAGAGAAACAAGAAAAAGAAAAACAAACAGACCAAAGAUGUUGCAGUCACAGGUGGAGAAACAGCUGCUACGAAUGAGAAUCAUGUGAAUAACGGCAAAAGUGAUCACAUCCAAGCUCUUGAGUCAGCCGAAGCUCAAAAUGGGGUUGCAGUUUGCAGUGAUCUGAAUAUCAAUGGGCAUCAGCCUGAUUUGAUUGAAGGCCCCAUCUUAGCUGAAGCUGAGAAAGGAUUCUGUAUGCAGAGGGAGACUGACUUGGAAGAUACAGUCAAACGAUUACAAUAUGAAAAUGAUUCACACAUACGAAAGGAGAAUGCCUUAGAAGAGACUAUCCAGAAUUUACAAAAUGAAAUUGGUUUGCACAUAGAACAAGAGGCAGCCUUAGAGGAGACAAUCAAACAAUUACAGAAUGAAACCGACUCACACAGAGCAAAAGAGGUUGAGAUAGAGAUGAAAGUUGUACAAUUACAGAGCGAAAAAGGUGUAUGGCUUCAGAAAGAGGUAAGCUUGGAAGAAAAACUUGAGCAAUUUGAGAAGGAGAAAGAUUCCUGGAUUGUAACAGAGAAUACAGCAAAAGAAACAACUGCUAACCUGAAUCGUGAAAACACAAGACUACGGAUGCAGGUAGGGGAGUUGGAUGAAUUCAGGGGCAGCCUCUUACACGAAAAGGAACAGUUGUUAGAGAACUUAUCUGCUCUGCAGUCUCAGGUUCAAAACCUUGAGAGGAGCAUCUCCUCUGCUCACUCAUCAAAUGAACUUUCAAAGUAUAUUUCUGAGAAUAAGGACUUGAAUGCUCAGGUAGAUGCUGGAAGUACAUUGAUUGAGAAAUUGAUCGCAGAAAAUGCAGAUCUUGUUGAGAAGGUGAAUGAAUUGUUUGUUGAGCUCGAACAACUAAAGCUGACUGCUCAACAUCCUUCCACCUCUGGAAGCAAUCCAACCCGCGAAAUUGGGCCUCCCUCAACUGGUCUCAUUUCUGAAUCUCACAUGAAUUUGCCUGUGUUGAGACAGAAGAUCAACUCCACUGAAGUGGUACCAAUAAAAAAUGAGAGAAUUGACAUUGAUAAUGUGAAUAUGUAUACUGCUGCUGUAACUCCAAACUCUUUUGAAGCUGAGGAUUCUGGAGAAAUAGUUCAAAUUCCAUUGGAUGACAAUGAAGUUCAGGACUUGGAGUCACAGGUCGUAGAGAGUGAAGGCGAGGCUGCUUUGCCACUCUCAGAUGCUCCACUUAUUGGUGCUCCCUUCCGGUUGGUGUCUUUUGUUGCUAAAUACGUUAGUGGUGCUGACUUGGUUAGCAAGAACUGAGGAACUUAGUGUAGCGUACACAUGAUAUAGUUUUAAACUAGAGCAGAAUGGGGGGAAUUCUGCCCCCCGACAUUUUUUACAUGUUGAGAAAGUUUAGAUACUGAAAAUCAGAUUGUUCUAUUGUAUACCAAGGCAACAUUUUUUUGGCCUAUAUUUUAGUAGUUUAAACGGAACGUCGGUCUCAACCGGAUC